UUCCUGACGUUGACAAGCUCCGAAAAGGCUUCCUGGCAUUGCCAACUGGGCUGUGCAUGUUGCUUCCAUUGCCUGUGGUCCAGCUUUCUAACUCUUCUAGUUUAAUUUCUUGGCUUUUGCACAUAGCCCAUCCACAGAGGACAUGGAGAGGAUGCGAGGAUACUCAUGGUGGCGUCUUGGAGUUGUCUUCUUUGUACACUGGGCAGCAGGGGAUACGGGGAGCAAAGCCAAGAGCUGUGAAUCGGUGAGGCAGGUGUACAAUGCCAGGGGCUUUAGCCUCACUGGAGUGCCCCAGUCAGAGAUCUCAGGUGAGCAUCUGAGGAUUUGUCCACAAGGCUACACCUGCUGCACCUCGGAGAUGGAGGAAAACUUUGCCAAUAUCAGCAAAUUGGAGUUUGACAACUCACUGCGAGAAUCCAGCUUGUCAAUCCAAGGCCUGCUCAUCUCACAGAACAGGAACUUUGAUAGAUACUUCCAGGACCUGUUGAAUAAGUCGGAGCAGACUCUCCUGGACACCUUCCCGAAUCGUUAUGGGGAGCUGUACAGCCAAAAUGAUGGGAAGAUUUUCAGAGACUUGUACUCGGAGCUGCGUCAGUAUUAUCGUGGCUCUGGGGUUAACUUGGAGGAGGCAUUAACAGAGUUCUGGAGCCACCUGCUGGAGCGUGUAUUCAAGUCACAGAGCCCGCAAGUCACUUUUUCCUACGAGUAUUUGGACUGCUUGGCGAAGCAGUAUGACCAGCUUAAGCCAUUUGGGGACAUUCCACGGGAAAUGAAGCUAAAAGCUACCAGGGCAUUUAUUGCUGCCCGUUCAUUUGUCCAGGGACUAGCAGCUGCUGCAGACAUUGUCAAGAAAGUCACCCAGGUUCCUAUGAGCAAAGAAUGCACACGAGAAGUUAUGAAACUGAUGUAUUGUCCGUUGUGCCGGGGUCAUGCUACUACAAAGCUGUGCGAUAACUACUGUUGGAACGUCAUGCAGGGAUGUCUGGCUAAUCAAGCAGAUUUGGAUUCUGAAUGGAGAAAUCUGAUUGAGUCUUUAAUGUUAGUUGCGGGCAAGUUUAAUGGAGCUGUGGGAGUGGAGUACAUUGUGGGAACCAUCCACAUAAAGAUUUCCGACGCUAUAAUCUACAUGCAAGAGAACAAGGAUUUGAUAACCAACAAGGUCUUCAAAAGUUGUGGGAACCCCAAAAAGGGUGGCAAGACUCCCAAAGCAGAUGAAAGAAGAAGAAAAGGAAAGGCUGUUCAAGAAGAUAAAUCUAUCGUACCCAGCAUGGAGAACCUGGUAAUAGAUGUGAAAGCGACGCUCAGUGACAUUCAGGAUUACUGGAUAUCAUUACCAAGUAUGUUCUGCAAUGAAAAGACUAUCGCUGGUCAAGGCAACGAAGACAAGUGCUGGAAUGGAAUGGCCCGAGCUAGGUACAUGCCAGAACGGAUGGGCAGUGGCCUUGCCAACCAAAUCAAUAACCCUGAGAUUGACGUGGAUAUUACCAAGCCUGAUAUGACCAUCCGUCAGCAGAUCAUGCAGCUGAAGAUCAUGACAAACCGCCUCCGCAAUGCCUACAAUGGAAAUGAUGUGGACUUCCAGGACACAAGCGAUGACAUCAGCGGAUCAGGAAGCGGAGACGGCUGCACUGACAGCGUCUGCGUCAAAACAGCCUCAGGAGACGCUGCUGUAGUGCACACGCAAACACAUAUAAAUCAUAAUUCCAAAUCAUCAGAAGACACAGGGAACAGUGCUUACGCUCACUCAUGGAGCCUCCUUAUGCUUGUCAUGGCUUUGCUCGUGGCACUUUCUGCUCGAUGGUAACUUAUGUGAAUUUUCAUAUAAAAGGGAAUGCUGUUUACUUCACCCUGCCCAAAUCAACUCGACCUUCUCAGUUUGGAUGUAGAUGACAAUGGAAAGGGAGAAGGAGCUGGAGAUCAGGCCUCUAUAACACUGUGUUCUUCUACAGGCUCACAAAGUCUCCAUACCUGUACAUUUUUUGUAACUGUGUGUAUUUUAUUUUCGGAUACAGAUAAAUCUUAAUCGGGCUGUUUUUUUUUUUUAUUCUUUGAUCGAUAGCACAAUAUUGUUAUAAGUGGCAUAAAGCCUCACUAAUACCGUGUCUCUUUUCUAAGAUGAAAAAUAAAAUACAUGAAAAAAAUGUAAGAUAUUUAUUAGUGCAAAUACACACAUCUAUCAGCCUAUAGAACGGACAGAUUCAGAGAAGCAAUGGAUGCAGUUUUCUUUAUGUGUCUAUAUAUAAAGAACGGUCCUCUUUAUUUCUGUCACCGGGCGUGAUUUUGAGGAGAGGCAUGAGAAGCCAUCUUGUUGUCACCAGAGAUUUUGUUUAGUCUAUUUAAAGAGCUUGUCCUUAUACAAAGGCUGAGUAGACUGUACACAAGAGCUUUGUGGAGACUUGCUUACUUAUUCAGUAUUGUAGUCAUCUGCAUCACAAAACUGCAAACAUAGACUGAGAGAGCAUGUACCUU